UCAAGGUGCCUGUCUUUGCUUCUUGCGGAAAGGAUCCCCACAAUUCCUCAAACAAUCCGCAUCACUCGAAAGUUUUCAAGGCCCAAAUGGAGGCGAACCUCCAGCGCGCUGAAGAGCUUAAUGGUCAGCCCUUAAAGUCAGAGAAGUCACGAACCACAAUUGUCAUGGAGUUUGAGAAUCGUCGCUUUCUUGCCCUCGCUAAUCAUAAUGAGAUGUCAAUGAAUAUCAAAUCAUCAUUUCUACCUUCUGCCUACACUCCGUGUACCGUUCCCCUCGACAAUUUGAGAAAGAUCAUGAUAAAAGAUCUACUCAUAGAGACCCACCACCGAGGGUGUUAUCUAUUGCUCAGAACAGUCACCCCAACAGACACCAUAAUGGCCGUGAUGACAAUAGUUGAGGAUGAAGAGGACAGACUUUACAACCAGGAAAAAGAACUCUCACGGUCUCAUCGUAUUGAAGAGAAAACCAUCAUUAUUGUGAAAGAACCAUACGUUAAGGUGAUGGGAGACAGCAACUACUGUAUUCGAGUUGAUCAUUUUUCAGAUCUCAAGUUUAUUCCAACGUUUCAUCAUUUGGUUCCCGCAUCCUGGAUGGAAAAGGUUUUUGAAAUUGAUGAAUCUGUCGAAAGCUGGAAAGAAAAAGGGAACAAGUUUUUUGACCAGCGCAAUUAUCGAUUUGCUAUAGAAUGGUAA